CGGCCGCUAGGUUCGCGAGGCGCCUCUCUCUGGGCAGGGUGGGGAGUAGGCAGAAGGACCUGCGGCGGGCCCAUCUCGGCCGCCUCUCUGGCUUGAUCUUCCUCGGCGUCUGACUGUGCGCUUAGUCCCGCACCAUGGGGAAGCGGGACAAUCGAGUGGCCUAUAUGAACCCAAUAGCAAUGGCCAGAUCCAGGGGUCCAAUCCAGUCUUCAGGGCCAACAAUCCAAGAUUAUCUGAAUCGACCAAGGCCUACCUGGGAAGAAGUGAAAGAACAACUAGAGAAGAAAAAGAAAGGCUCCAAGGCAUUGGCUGAAUUUGAAGAAAAAAUGAAUGAGAACUGGAAGAAAGAACUAGAAAAACACAGGGAGAAAUUAUUAAGUGGAAGUGAGAGCUCAUCCAAAAAAAAGCAGAGAAAGAAAAAAGAAAAGAAGAAAUCUGGUAGGUAUUCAUCUUCUUCUUCAUCAAGCUCUGAUUCUUCCAGCAGUUCUUCGGAUUCUGAAGAUGAGGAUAAAAAACAAGGAAAAAGAAAAAAGAAAAAGAAGAAUCGUUCACAUAAAUCUUCUGAAAGCUCCAUGUCAGAAACUGAAUCGGACAGUAAGGAUAGUUUAAAAAAGAAAAAGAAGUCAAAGGAUGCAACUGAGAAAGACAAGGACAUUAAAGGACUUAGCAAAAAAAGAAAGAUGUAUCCUGAAGAUAAACCUUUAUCAUCUGAGUCCUUAUCAGAAUCAGAUUACAUUGAAGAAGUACGAGCAAAAAAGAAGAAAAGCAGUGAAGAACGAGAAAAAGUAAUAGAAAAAACAAAAAAGAAAAAGAAGCAUAAGAAACACAGUAAGAAGAAGAAAAAGAAGGCUGCUAGUUCAAGUCCCGACUCGCCAUAAUAUUAAGAAAAAUCAGGAUUCCUUUAUAAAGAAAGUGCAAUGUCUAAGGAAAUCUCAACUGUGAAAAUUAUGACAUAAUUACUAAAAUGCAUGAGUUUUCUUGUUUUUAGAAUUAUUACUGGACUAUUCAGUAGCCACUUGGAUGCCUCUGUGUGAAAGGGCCAUAAUUGUUGCCUGCUGCUUGAACAUCAGUUUUUUCUCUUCCAGUGCUUAACAACUCUGGGAGAUAAUACAUUGCAGUUGUGCUAGUGGUUAAGAUAUUUGGGGAUAAAGUUAAUAUUUUUGACUUGAAGUAUCUAAUGAUAAAUCAACAGAAAUCGAAUCUGGAUAUAUCAUUAAGAUGUAAUUAGAAAUGACCAGAUGACUCGAGUUAACAUUUUGGAAAUAGGGAUUACAUUGAUAUUUCAAAAUCCUUAUUCUGUAGAUAAGUGUAUUUUAAUUUUUUCCCCUUAUAUACUUUUAUUUACCCGGGGAAGGAGCUUUUAGGGUUGGGGGGGGGGUGGUUUGCUAUCUCUUUAGCUAGCAGAAUAGCGUGCCUUUUAUCCUCACACAUCCUAUUUUUGUGGACACAGUAGCCAUGCUUCAUGGGGAGGUCAGAGCUGGUACAGCAGUCUUGCCCUUAGACAUCCUUGGACUCUUGUCAUUUGCUGCUUUAAGUGAACCAGAGUAACAGCCUUUUGCAGCAUGACAAAGCCCCAAAAGCUCUGGGAUUUACCUCCACUUUAAUAAUACUGAAUGUUUUUUAGCAUUAGAAUGUGUUAUAACAUUUGAAUUAAUUUUGACUACACUUUGGCUUUGGAGAGGAAUCAUUUCCAAUAGACACUGGUACUUUUUGAACUUGAUAGCUAAAGAUUCUAAAAUGCAUGUUUUAUAUUGUUAGUUAUAACCAGUCAGGAAAAUUUUAUGUAACCAGUGAUAGUUAUUUUAUUUUUGUAUGAAUUUUGUUUAGGCUGCAGUGUUUAGCUUUUAUUAACUCCUUAUUCUUGCUAUCUUAAAUUCCAUACUGUGUUUAAUGGCAUACUUGCCAAGAUACUUAGCAUGUAAAAAAAAGAAAGCAGACUUAUAAUUUUUUUUUUUUUUUUCCAAACAGCUUCAUAUUGAAGCUGAGUCUUACCAUAAACAAGUUGAGUGGCAGGCCUGGUAUGCUGUGUCUUGUUACAUAAAGCUAUUGCCAGAAUCUUAGUAAAUAUAACAUUUUAGAAAUUUGUCUUUGUAUAUUCAUAACAAAUUAUGACAAGUUAAGUGAGAAUUACAUUAUUGCUCUUCCUGUCAUAUUUUACUAAGAUUUUGUGCCUCAUAUCUACUGCUGAAUUGUUUACUAGUAACGUUAAAAGGAAUUGAUAAAUCAUUUUCACUUUACAUUUUUAUAUAAUCAGGUAACAUGAAAUAUAAUUUGAUGUACAAUUUU